GUUGUGAAUGGGGUGUCCCUGGUUCUUGCCUGAUGGAGGGGAGGAGUCUCUGUGUGAAUGGCGUCUGUAGUGGAUGUCCCGUGUGUGCCAGAAAUUCCUGUGCCAUCUUCAUCGCUCAAGUUGCUGUUUCUGCGCUCCUCCUUGCUUCACAAAACGUUAAUGACCUUUUGAAAGAUAAUAAUACUUCCACUGCUGCCGACCACGUGCUGCCGGCCUGCUGCCGGAGUGCUGCCGCCACCGAGCUGCCGCCACCGAGCUGCCGCCACCACCGGGAUUGCCCCACUACCAAUGGACUACCCUUGUUGUGCAAGAGAACUAGGGGACAAUUAAUUGGGUUAAUUAAUUGACGGAGUUCGCCGCCGCGGGUGUUAUCCGCCGCCGACCGGCUGCCGGAGUGCUGCCGCCACCACGAACUUCCCUGUCACCGACGGACUGCCUUGGUUGUUCAAGGAAACUAGGGGACAAUUAUUUAGAUCAAUUAACUAUUUAAAUAGAAUUAUGAGUAAAAAAAGGUAAGAUUGGUCCUAUUUAGGGAAAACCAAACAUUAAGUCCUAUUUUGGGACUUAGGUGCUGUUCUG